AUGGCGACUGCCGAAAAGACCAAGGAGCAGCAGAAGCAGUUCCAAGUCCCCGAAUACGAUUCAGAGGAAGACUACGACAGCGCCGACGACAUUGAAUACUCCGAAGACGAGAAGGAAGACCAGACGGCCCCCAACAAGAACCAACAGCUCCAACGCCGUCGGCGGCCACUGCAGCAGCAGGAUGAUCCCGACGACUACUCCUCCGACGACUAUGAUUCGGAAGAAUACGACGAUGACGAGGAUUACUCCGACGACGAGAUCAUCCAGGGCAAAUCCAUGCAGCCCUGGUCACAGGGAACUACCUCCAGUAUGGCACCCUCAGGUGGCAUGAACGUCGUGCCGCAGGAGCAGAAGAAGAGCCUUGACGACGAGGAAGGCAUGAAGUUGAAGCUCGAAUUGAACUUGGAGAUCGAGAUCGAACUCAAGGCUCGUAUCCAUGGUGACUUGACUUUGGCUCUUAUGUAA